AUGGCGAAACAGCAGGACGAGGACAAGGGCAGCAGUGGCAGUGAUGACGAUAUGAAUGAGGUGUUGAGCAACAAGGUUGUGGUUGCUGCUGCUGGAGCUGAGACUGGUGCCCCCAAGAGCAGCCGAGCAUGGCAGAUGAGCCUCGAUCACUGCCAGCAGUCUCGGGGUGCCAUCCGUGGGCCAGGGCGGAAGGGGAUCAACAACGGAGCUGAAAUAAGUCAAUUAGCAUUGUGGUUCAACUGUCUAUGGUCUGGUCUGGGGCCCUCUGGCCCUGGGUCGGCCCUGGCCAGGGCCAAGGGUUGGUUGGCCCUUGGACCUCAGGUCGAACCAGGACCAACCCGGUUUGGCCCCAUUGUGGAAGGCCACAUCAUCCCACCUCCGUUGUCUCCCUCCCACCUCCAAUCUUCCGUCUCCUACAUCGUUGACCCACCACUGUCUCGCACCGUUUGCCUUCGCCUCGCUGCUCGCACCAUCGCCAUCACCGUUGCCCCCGCCCUUCCUUGCCCUUCAUCUCACACUGUCGCCAUCACCUUGCACCGUUGCCAUUGCUUGCUGUUGUCUCGCUGUUGUCUCACCUCCGCCAUUGCCUCCCCCUUGCCUCGCUGGCAUUGCCAUCCCCUUGCCUUCGCCUUGCUGCUCGCACCAUUGCCAUCACCAUUACCAUUGCCCCUGCCCUCACCCUCACUCGCUGUCGCUCACUCUCGCCCCCACCCUCACUUGCCUCACACCCUCACACCAUCGCCCUUGUUUCGCACCUGCCCUCGCCUCGUACUGUCACCCUCGUCUCACACCAUGGCCCUCGUCUCACACCGUGGCCCUCGUCUCACACCGUGGCCCUCGUCUCACACCGUCACCAGCCUCACUCGCCGUCACUCGCCGUUGCUCGCCCUUGUGUCACUGUUGCCUCGCUGCUCGCACCCGCCCUUGUCUCACCAUCGCCUUGUCACUGCCAUUGCCCUCAUCUCACCCUGCCCUCGUCUCACUGUCACCUUGUAG